AAUGUAAAUGUAAGUACAUGUGCAUGAAUAGUACCUAGCACAUGAAGUAUGGUUGUAAAAUAGUAUGAGAGUUUUGAUAGUAUGCUAUUCCGUACAUAGCUCAUGCAUACAGAAAGUUUGCACACUAUUAAUGCAGUAUGGCAGUAUGCGAUUUCAAACAUAGCCGAUGCCUACAUAAAAUGAACAUACUGCAUUGUGCUUAGUAUACACAUUUCAUACAGCUGAAAUAGUAAGAGUAGAAUAAUAGUAUGCUAUUUAUAACAAUGCAUAGUAUGAAAAUGAUGGUAGUAUGCAUUGCCGAGCAAUGUGCUAAGAGAGUAUGACAAGUAUGUCCAGUGCAUAGUGACAAUUUGCAUACUGUGAAUCAUAAACCUAUUCUUUACUGCUGAAAUAGUAUAAAUAAAUGGUAAAAUGCUAUUCUGAAUAAUGCACUUAAAUAUAGUUUGUAGCAUGCUAUUCCGAUGCAUACAGAAAAUGUGCAUGCUGUGGGUAGUAUACAAAGUGCAUACUAAAGUAGCAGGAGUAGUAUACCAUUUUGAAAACAGCCCGUGUCCGUCUGAACUGCGCAGGUCUGUUCUCGGGAUCUGCUCCCCCUCACUUCCUGUAGUUCCUUCGCCACUUACCCCAUCAGUCUAUCCCACCACACACACUCUCUGAGAACUCGGACGUAAAAUACAGACGCCACAGUUGCUCCUGGGACGCGCUCGCGCUCACAUCGAGAGUAAAGUCCUGAGCAGCUUGCUGACGGUCCACGGGCAGGAAGGAGAAUGGCCCAGAGCAUGGGGUCCGAUGACCUCCGGGCCCUCAACAAUGGUGGACCCUCAACAGGUGCCGAUGAAAACAGUUAUCCAAACACCAACGAAAACUCUGAGGAAGACCUGGGAGUGUCUGCAUCCAAAAGGGCCCCCACACAUCCCAAUGAUGAACAAAUCCAGCCGCAGUGGUCGGGUCGAAACGGUGGGCUUAAAACGAAUGGAACUGUAUGUCAAUCAUUGUCAGGCUCCACCUCUUCCUCGUCCUCAUUGCAUGGCACAGACUCUCAGCGGCUAGCCGUACUGUUACCCAACUCUCUGCCACCCCAUUGUUGCGCUUGCUGCACCCCGCGCCAACCCGUCUGCUGCAACGGGAACCAGCAGGAUUGUGCAGUCUUUCAGAGCGGCGUGCCAUCCGCGGCGCUUCCCAUGGGCGUGUGCGGCAUGCAAGGCAUCCGCUGUUUCUGCAUGCAGCACCAAUGGCAGGAGCAUCUGCAGAACCAGCCCAACAUGACCACACUGAGCCCUCCAAGGCCCUUCCGGUUUCCCAAAAGUUAUGCUGAGCUCAUUGCUGAUUGGCCGGUGGUGGUGUUGGGGGUGUGUACUCUGCUAAUCGUGGUUUGUGCUCUGGUCGGUAUCCUGGUGCCCGACCUGCCGGACUUCUCAAAUCCACUGCAGGGUUUUGAACCAAGAGGCACUGCAAUAGGCCAACGACUUGUAACAUGGAAUAACAUGGUGAAAAACACGGGAUACAAAGCAACACUGGCCAACUACCCCUUCAAAUACGCAGAUGAGCAGGCCAAAAGUCACCAAGACGGCCGAUGGUCAGAGGAUCACUAUGACAGAAAGAAAAGACAAGCCGAGUGGGAUUUCAGUAAAGACAGUUUCUUCUGUGAUGUACCGGGUGACAGUUAUUCCAGAAUGGUCUUUGCAUCUGCGGAGGGGAAGAACUUGUGGAAUAUACAGGCCAUACAAUCCAUGUGCAAUUUUGACAAUACACGGGUUCGUUCUCAUCCGCAGUACCUGGAUUUGUGUCAGCGCACCACUGCUGCCUCCUGCUGUCCGAGCUGGACGCUUGGGAAUUAUAUAGCCGUCCUCACGAACAAGUCUUCCUGCCAAAAGAUCACAGAGCGUGAUGUUUCUCAUACCCUAAAGAUCCUGCGCUCCUGUGCCAAGUAUUACCACAACGGCACCCUUGGCCCCGAGUGCUGGGACACGAACACCCGCAAGAAGGACCUGAAGUGUGGCAACGUGCCUCGAAAGUGUACAAAAUACAACGCUGUGUAUCAGAUCUUUCACUUUUUGGUGGACAAAGACUUCCUGAAUCCAAAGAACACAGACUACCUUCCACUGAACCUGAAAUAUAGCAUGCUGUUCUCUCCAACCGAGAAAGGAGAAACAAUGAUGAACAUUUACUUGGACAAGUUUGAGAACUGGAACUCGUCGGAUGGGAUCACAACCAUCACGGGAAUCGAAUUUGGCAUCAAGCACAACUUGUUUCAGGACUAUCUACUAACAGAUACCAUGUAUCCUGCAAUAGCUAUCAUAAUAGUGUUAGUGGUCAUGUGUGUCUACACCAGAUCAAUGUUCAUCACCCUUAUGACCAUGUUUGCCAUCAUCAGUUCUCUAAUCGUUUCAUACUUUCUGUACCGCGUAGUCUUCAGCUUUGAAUUCUUCCCCUUUAUGAAUCUGACAGCGCUCAUUAUACUAGUGGGAAUUGGUGCUGAUGAUGCAUUCGUCCUCUGCGACGUAUGGAACUACACCAAGUUUGACAAGCCCAACUCGGAGCUCUCUGAAACCGUUAGUGUGACGCUUCAGCAUGCAGCGCUUUCGAUGUUUGUCACCAGUUUCACAACGGCUGCUGCCUUCUAUGCCAACUAUGUGAGCAACAUCACUGCCAUUCGCUGCUUCGGUGUGUAUGCUGGUACUGCUAUCUUGGUUAACUACAUACUGAUGGUCACCUGGCUGCCAGCUGUGGUGGUCCUGCAUGAGCGAUACCUGGCCAACCUCUUCACCUGCUCAAGGUCUCAACCCCAGCAGACAUAUGGCACCACAACAUUUUGGAAAAACCUGUGCCAGACAGUCAACAAGUGUCUUUUUGCCAUUUCAGAGGCCUCGCGGAUUUUCUUCGAAAAAGUAUUGCCUUGCGUCGUGAUCAAAUUGCGCUACUUGUGGCUAUUGUGGUUCUUAGCCAUGACGGUGGGUGGUGCUUAUGUAGUAUGUGUGAACCCAAAAAUGAAACUUCCAUCUCUCGAACUGUCCGAAUUUCAAGUAUUCCGGUCAUCGCAUCCCUUCGAACGCUAUGACGCAGAGUACAAAAAACUUUUCAUGUUUGAACGUGUUAACCAUGGAGAAGACCUCCACAUGCCGAUCACCAUCAUUUGGGGAGUAACUCCGGUUGACAACGGAGAUCCCCUGAACCCCAAAAACAAGGGUAAACUAACUCUUGACACAACCUUCAACAUCGCAAGUCCUGCCAGUCAAGUGUGGAUUCUCAAUUUUUGCCAGAAGCUGAGAAACCAAAGCUUUGUUUUCCAAUCUGAGGAGCAAGACUUUACCAGCUGCUUCAUGGAGACCUUCAAGCAGUGGAUGGAUAACCAAGACUGUGAUGAAGCUUCAGUCUAUCCCUGUUGUAGUCAGUCUACAUUCCCUUACAAACAAGACGUCUUCGAGUUGUGCAUCAAACGGGCCAUUAUGGAGCUCGACCGAAGCACCAUCUACCACCUCGAUAGCAAGACGCCAGGGCCGAGGUUUGACAUCAAUGACACAAUUAGAGCAAUUGUACUCGAGUUUCAAAGUACCUACCAUUUCACAUUGGCUUAUGAGAAGAUGCAUCAGUUUUACAAAGAAGUGGACACCUGGAUUGAGGAGGAACUGAGGGAGGCUCCUGAGGGACUCAGCUACGGAUGGUUUGUAAGUAACCUGGAAUUCUAUGACCUUCAGGACAGCCUGUCGCAUGGCACUCUUAUCGCUAUGGCACUGUCUGUGGUGGUGGCCUUCAGUGUGAUGCUCCUGACAACCUGGAAUAUCAUCAUCAGCCUCUAUGCCAUCAUCUCCAUUGCUGGAUCCAUAUUUGUCACGGUUGGAUCACUGGUGCUUCUGGGAUGGGAAUUGAAUGUGCUUGAAUCUGUGACAAUUUCAGUUGCUGUAGGGCUAUCCGUGGACUUUGCCGUCCAUUACGGCGUAGCAUAUCGUCUUGCUCCAGAACCAGACCGAGAAGGGAAGGUGGUCUUCUCCUUGAGCAGGAUGGGCUCAGCUAUAGCCAUGGCAGCUCUCACCACCUUUGUAGCUGGUGCAAUGAUGAUGCCAUCUACAGUUCUGGCUUACACCCAACUCGGCACCUUCCUGAUGUUGAUCAUGUGCAUUAGUUGGGCCUUCGCAACAUUUUUCUUGCAAUGUAUGUGCCGUUGUCUUGGUCCUCAGGGUACGUGCGGACAGAUUCCUUUGCCAAAGAAACUUCAGUGUUAUACCUUUGCAGAGCAUGUGCCUGAAACUCAAUCCAAUAAGAACCAAGGCAAGCUUUGCUACUCAAGUAAGUACCAGGUGGAUAACACAAGAAGAGAGGGUGGACUUGAGCACUAUGAACUUGAACCCUUGGCACUCAAUGUUAGAAUGGAUGAAAAAGCCACCAAUGAGGAAGUGGAACAAUUGCAAAAUGGAGUUUUGCAUCACGCAAGCUUGUGUGAACCCAACACUGACUUGAGAGAACCAAUCCAAAAUCUUGAAAAUGGCUUACCAGAUACAGAACUUCAACAUAUUCAUCCGUACACUUACAGAAGAAGGUGCACAUGUGAAAACUCUACAUCUCGGUAUAUAAGGGACCGACAAAGGACAUACCAUCCCUGUAACCGUUCUGAAGAUACCUCAUGUAAACAGUUAGUUGCCAAUCAAUUAAAUGUGGGACACAAGCCUCAGUCCACACUGGGUGAGACGCACACCGAAUGUUACAUGAACUGUAGCCACAUCCAUCAUUGCUCACAGAGUCAAACAUCAAGGCAGGCCAAUCACAGAUAUUUUCCUGGUGGAUAUAGCAUGCAUGCCAUGCAACUUCUGCAUCAGGAGUUGUUGUCAGAUAUGUCUGUGCAGGACGAGUCUCAUAUUAGGGCGUAUGGCCUGAAUUCGGCUUUACCGGAAAGCUUAAACUUUCCAGCACACAUUCAGUGUUGUACAACAACGGACUCCACUAAAGUCUGUAGACUUAAUCAUGAUAAAGUGGACCAAGUGUUAAGUUCUCGAAGCCCUGAAAAAAUGCCAUGGAACCAUGUAAAGACGAAAGUAAAUGGCAAUUGUGUUUUGGUUCAGGACAGUCGUGAGACUCAAGAACAUGUUCCAGUCGUGCCAGAUGAAAGUGCCAAAUGCAAUCAGAAAAACAAAGACAAUAAUGAGAGGGCAGAGCCUGUCUCUCCCAAAAGAGUUAGCUGUUUUAAGAAGACUGUAAAAGCUAAGUGCAAUUCUGUAGAAUAUCACAAGCCAAAAACCAGCGUGCCUACUAUUGCCAUUCAUUCAAAAGCCUCAUCUGAGAGUUUAUGUUAGUGUUCAAAUUGAGAAGGUUACAUUAAAGGGAUAGCGCACCAAAAUUUAAAUCAUAAAAUUUUGUACUGAGUAAUUAUUAUUUUCCAUAGGUGAUCAAGAGGGGGUCCAUAUUUCGCCUUUUGAUUUGAAGCAAAAUUACAGGUCAAAAAGAUGUUAUAGACAGCCCAACACCCCACAACAUCUUUUUUUGGACUAUCACUAUUGGCAUAUAAUGCAAAAAGUGGUGCUGAAAUCAACUGGUUUCAUUACUAGACUUUCCCUUCUCUGUGUAAAAUACAAAUGAAGAUACUGACACCUUUUUAAGGUUAUCUUUUUGAGCAGUAGUUUUGCUCCGAAAUCAGGUAAAUAUUGUAAUUUCUGUCACCCUCUACAAAAUAAUGGAUUACCCAUCAAAUAUUAAUGCUUGGCAUUUUAAUGUCUGGCUUACAUCAUCAUUUAUGUGUAUAGGCUAUUCCUUCAGAACAAAGUUGAUGAGACAUUGAAUAACUCUAGUCCAACUAUCCCUUCAAUGACAUUCUCUGCAAUCAAGUGGGAAAAGCAACUGUUGAUUCUUAAUACUUAUAUCCAAGUAAAUAUUGACAUGAUAUCAAGCCACCAAACCAUUCAUGAGUAGUGUUCAUAUUUGUAAACAACGUCUGGUUAAAAGAGGCAUACAUAUCCCCACAUGCUGUAUUCUCUUUGUAAUAUAUAUUUUUUUAUCAUAUCUUGCCACAGGCCAUCAAAAUUCCAUGCAAACAUAAAUACAUAUUCAGAGUUUAUUUUCCUGCACAUUUCACAUUAACAUGUAUGUAUGUAUGUGUGUAUAUAUAUAUAUAUAUAUAUAUAUAUAUAUAUAUUUGAGUGUUGUGUAUGUAUUUGAGUCAUGCACUUUUCUUUAUUAAUGCUGAUUUAAAUGUUUCCCCUAUAAAACUUUUAAAUAAUUUUACAAGGAAACUCCAGUAAUUUCUUUGAUGGUAUGAAUAUUUGGACGGAUUGGUAUUAAGACUUUGCAUCGUUUCAUCGUUUCUUUCAGUUGCUUUGAUGGUUC